GCCGGCGGCCCCGAGGGCGGGCCGGGCCCGGGGGCCUGGGACAAGGAGCCCAACGGGGGUCCGCCGCCCCGCAGCCCGGGCCGGGCCUCCCCCGGCCAGCGGGCCGGGGAGCGGCCCAAGAAGUCGGCCGUGGGCAGCAGCUUCAGCUACCCGGACGUGAAGCUGAAGGGGAUCCCCGUGUACCCCGAGCGGGGCAGCCCCCGGGCGAGCCCGAGCCCGGCCGCCGGGAGCCCCCGGCCCGCCCCGGCAGCGGUGGCGGCGGCGGCGGCGGCUGGGGGGGCCGGGGGCGACGGCCACCGCAGCUCGGAGGAGUACUACUCCUUCCACGAGUCCGACCUGGACCUGCACGAGCUGGGCGGCGGGUCCAUGUCCAGCCGCGAGAUCGACGUGCUCAUCUUCAAGAAGCUGACGGAGCUGUUCAGCGUCCACCAGAUCGACGAGCUGGCCAAGUGCACGUCCGACACCGUCUUCCUGGAGAAGACCAACAAGAUCUCGGACCUCAUCAGCAGCAUCACGCAGGACUACCGACUGGACGAGCAGGACGCCGAGUGCCGCCUGGUGCGGGGCAUCAUCCGCAUCAGCACCCGCAAGAGCCGCGCCCGCCCGCCGGCCCGCGACCCCCGGGGCGGCCGCGCCGCCGCCCCCGACAGCGGCCACGAGACCAUGGUGGGCUCCGUCGUCAGCCAGGACGACCUGACGGUGCAGAUAUCGGAGGAGACCACGGCAGACGUGAUCGCCCGGAACAUGAGACCCUUCAGUGCGCCAGGUUUCCAGAUGAGCCGCGCCUCGUCCUUCCAGGGCACGGAGACGGACUCCUCAGGGACGCCCCUGCUCCAGGGCUACUGCUAGGCCCCCGGGGCCCCACGGACCUCUUCCCCCCGGCCCUCGGCCUCUGCCUCCCUCCAGCCCCGCGACGGUGGGUGGACGGUCUGUUCUCCGCCGUCUACAGAUGCCGCUUGGUGCCUUAGGGCAGCAGGGGCAUCUGGAGGUUGCCCGGGCCCAGGAAGGAGAAAGCGACUUUGGGCUGGGAGGGUACGGACCUCUCCGCCCGCUGCUGGGUAUGUAGCGGCCGACGGGCAGAGGCGCCAGGCUGCCUCGCCUUUCACCCUGGCACCGGGUAUCUGGUCCUCGGCCCUUGCCCGCUGCUGAAGGGGCAUCAGCUGACCAUGGGUUGCCCUCCCAUCCCGC